AUGGGCAAUCUAGGUGACUUAUCGCCACAAGGCAGUGUCGCGGUUGGGAUCCUUGUCGGUCUCGUCUCAACCAGCUUGCAGGCUAUCGGACUCACGCUGCAGCGCAAAUCCCACCUGCUGGAGGACGAAAAACACCCAUAUGAUGUGCGCCGACCACCAUAUAAGCGCCGCCGAUGGCAACUGGGCAUGGGCAUGUUCGUGAUCUCCAACAUCGUUGGCAGCACCAUUCAAAUUACCACGCUACCACUACCAGUCCUUUCUACACUUCAAGCAUCGGGACUAGUGUUUAAUACGAUCUUCGCGACCCUCAUUCUCGGCGAACCUUUCACUCGGUAUUCCUUCGCGGGCACCGGCCUCGUCUGCAUCGGUGCGGUGUUGAUCGCGACCUUUGGCGCCAUCGGAGAACCCGCCCAUAGCUUGAACCAGCUGUUAGAAUUACUCCACGGCCGACCCUUUCUCAUCUGGAUGGGAGCCACACUGUUUGUUGUGGUGAGUAUCCUAGUGGGCUCCAAGCUCUUGAGGUAUUUGCUACCUGGAGCGCGGGGGAAACCAGUUGUGGCGGGCCACCUUACGCCGCAUGUCCUGCGUCUUCAGGGCAGGAUCAAGCUCGCCCGGGGUAUGUGCUAUGGAUCAGUGAGCGGAAUAUUAUCGGCCCACUCGCUGCUACUUGCCAAGUCGGCGGUGGAAUUAUUGGUGCGCACCAUUGUCGAUGGCGAGAAUCAGUUCAACCGAUGGCAGUCCUGGGUGAUUGUGCUGGCCAUGAUUACUCUAGCAUUGACACAACUGUUUUACUUGCAUCGCGGGCUCAAGCUUUGCAGCACAAGUGUGUUGUAUCCGUUUGUAUUUUGCAUUUACAACAUUAUCGCUAUCCUCGAUGGUUUAAUUUACUUCCGUCAGGCGGGCCAACUGGCUGGGUUUCAUGCAGGUCUUAUCGCACUGGGAACUAUCAUCCUCCUGGGUGGUGUGCUGUGUCUGUCAUGGCGACUGGAAGAUAUUGAGGCUCACACUGCUGUCACAGUGGUAGGACCCACACAGACCGGGCUUGGGCCAGGCCUGGGGGUCGUCGAGGAACACUCACCGUCGUCAUCAGGGCUGCUGGAUGGUCUAGCCGACGAAGAAUCACUUGGAGAACGGGAGCCACUUCUCUCCCGGUCGCAACGGCGUCCUUCGAAUCUACGAGCCCGAGCUCCUAGUCUCCCCCUCCUUCAAACAUUUGAUCAACACGAGGCCGCAGAUCUCAAUGCGGCUUCCAUAUGGGCCGAACUUGAUGACUCGGAUUACGAUAUCGCAACGGCGCAUACGCAUCCAUCCACUGAACGCCCCCGCAGUUCCAGCACCAGCGCCGCCUUACAUGGUCCACCACGCGGCCUCGCCCGCCACUCAACAAUAGGCCCCAUCUCCUACCAACGCGUCCGUGGCCCUCAUCGAGGUCGCUUAUCUGCACAGGAGAGCCCCUGGCGACGCUCCUCAAUGCCCUGGGCCGGUCUCGUGGGCUCUCAACGCAAACGACGAGGCCAGCCCUCUUCGCCCAGCAUAGCAGGAGCAAACGGGUACGGAGCUAUCUCAGAAGACAGGGUUGAGCGCCAUGAAGUCCAAAGCUCUGCCCCAGAUCCACCAUCUGGCUUUCUCGCAGGUCCGAGAAGAACCCUGCGAGGCGCGUGGCAUCAAGGCCGACAAUACUUGUUUCAAUGGACAAGCCCGCAGGCGGGCAAUCAACCUGACUCCCAGGAACGUGACCGUGCUUAUUCUCCUCUUUUGCCGCGCUCCGAGACACAUCUACCCUGGGUGAGAGAUCCUCCAAGCGAUGAGCACGAAGCAGCCGAACCAAAUUCCAAAGGUCCCUCAACAUCCUCACUUUAA